GAGUCAGGUGCAGCCAAAGCGGAGGUUUCAUCACAGGAUUGUGACCAAUACCCGUGUAUGGGCAAGAACUGCUGUAAAACGCCAUUUUCAUUUCCUGAUGACGGAGAUAAUUGGUUACCAUCUGUGGGAAUUACCAUUUUUGUAUUAGUUGGUGUGGGCUUCUUAGCAGGCAUCUGCUCCUUUUGCUACCGGUGCUGCAAGGAUGCCGGGGAGAGCCUCCCAGAAGAACCUAGAAGAGAUCUCCCCAUCCCACCACCAGCCUUUGUACCACCUGCACCUUCUGCUCCAUCACCGGAGCCGUUCACAGACCCUCCACCCUAUUCUGAGGUUGCAUGGAAGCCGUAUCCUGCUCCUGUGGGCCAGCCUCCUGCCUAUGACAAUAUUGCUAUGGAUGGUAUCUCUUCCCUGGAUUUCUUCCGACCCCCUGCAUUAGUGCCCAAGCCUAAUGUCUGAAGAGCCAUCAGUUUAUCCCGGUUAUUUCCGGAGAACACUGAGAAUACCUUAAAAACAGCCUUGAUAGAGCAGGCCAAGAUCAAACUAGCCCAGCAUCCAGUUCCCAAGAGGAGUCUUCAAGGUGCUUCUAGAAAGCUCACAAGCAAGCAUGAAGAUGAUGGCUUUCCCCCAUUCUUUGUCCCCAGCAACUGGCAUUCAGAGGUGUACUGCUAUUGGACAUGGAAGUUCUAUUUAGCUAUUAUGACUAAUUGGCUACUAACAGACCUAUGUUGCAUGAAAAUGUCUUUUUCUUUUCUUUUUUUUUUAAGGCUGUUUAAGACAUAGACUCCCGAACUUUUUCAUUUUCAUGGACUACUUGAAAAUUGCUCAGGGUCUUAGCAGACUACUUAAUAAACUUUUUGUUGUUGUUGUUCUACAAAUAAAAGAGAGAGUGUGUGUGUACACAAAU